UCUCGCCUGGAAUAUCUCUGGGCCGAUCCUCCGUUGCCACUCUGAACUCUCUCCAUUUCUCCGCGUGCGUGACGGACGGAAGCUUCCGGAGCUGCUUCUCCCAUGGCUUCAUCGCUCGCCUCCUUCGUCGCCUCUUCGUCGCCGUCGUCUUCGCUCGCUCUCCGCCGCUCGAGAGCCUUCUCCGAUCACCUCGCUCCUCCGCCAUGUCCGCCUCUCGGAACACCUCGCGCUCCUCCGCUCGACUGCAAAUUCCCCCUGCUCAGCAUCGUAUUCUGGCGAGAUAGAAACAUUGUCCAUGCUUCUGCUAAUGGCACGAAUGCUGUGGAUGUCACCUCAAUGUCUGAUGACAGUGCUGAUUAUGUUCCCAUGCCAGUGGUGCUGAUUGAUCAAAAUUCAGAUUCAGAUGCAACUAUAGUGCAACUCAGCUUUGGGGAUCGCCUUGGGGCUCUUAUUGACACGAUGAGAGCAUUGAAGGAUUUAGGAUUGGAUGUAUCAAAGGGAAGUGUUACCACAGAGGGAGCUGUCAAGCAAACAAAAUUCUACAUCACAAGACUGGACACUGGCCGCAAAGUUGACGAUCCAGAGCUGUUGGAGAGGAUCCGCCUUACGAUUAUCAACAAUCUUUUGAAGUAUCAUCCAGAGUCCAGUGCACAACUUGCAUUGGGUGAGGCAUUUGGAAUACAAGCUCCAGGGAAGAAGCUUGAUGUUGACAUCACUACUCGCAUUCAAGUGAAGGAAGAUGGACCGAAGAGGAGCUUGCUUUACGUAGAGACAGCAGAUCGACCUGGAUUGCUUGUAGACAUCAUCAAAAAUCUUGCUGACAUUAAUAUCAAUGUCGAAUCGGCAGAGAUUGAUACAGAAGGGUUGGUGGCUAAAGAUAAAUUUUAUGUGAGCUAUGGAGGAGCAGCACUGAAUAGCUCAUUGUCUCAGGUGCUAGUUAAUUGCUUGCGAUACUACCUUCGAAGGCCAGAAACGGAUGUUGAUAGUUACUAACAACUGGACCAAGAAAUUGUGAUGUAAACAAAAUGUAACGAUUCUUCUAGCACAAACUCUAUUGUCUUGGAUCAACAAAUAUACAUUUUCAUCAGUGUCAAGUUCGAUGUGGAAGAGACGUGGCAAAACUUUUCCACCAUGAACCUAUGAAUGAGAAAGCAGUAGAUAGAAAUGUGGUGUCAAUUUCUAAAGGGCCAUUUGUGCGUCAUAGAGUGGCCGCUGUAUUCUCAUGGCGCAUUCUCUUUCCCAGGAGGUAAUUGAUCCACAUCAUCUUGUGUGAUUCUAUUUCUUUCAGCCAGAAAGGAUGAAUAUCAUUUGCUUGGUUAUCGUUACUUCACUUCUUAUG